AUGUGGGUCUGGGCCGAGGAGGAGGACUGUGAGCGACUGGGGGUUGAGGCGGGUAGAGUUGAGGAUGUAGACGUUUUGGUUGGAGUCUUGGUGUGCGAGGAUUUGCAAAUCGGCAGAGGCAUGUUUUCCUGGGAGGACUCUGUCAUGUUCACUCGAGCUCGAGAUCUCGAUGCAACUGUCCGGAGCUUCCUCGCCAAAGCGCUGGCGGAGGCUGAUGCGGAGGAUGUCCCGGAAGUCUUGGCUCCAUUCCUGGCAGAUGCCGGGCUCGGUGGGGAGGAGGCUAGGGCACUCUGCCAGCGCUUCGCUAUUUCUGGGAAGGCCGCCAUACCUUCGAAAAUGGCCUCUGGUGGUUACCGUGACCUGGCAGCCCCGCAGUCACUUGGGUCACUCUGUGCUCGGGGCCCCCGGGGCGCCGCGGCGCGCCGCGCCGCCCAGGCGGCCACCGAAGCCGCCUUAGUUCCCGGGGCGAUCCUCGAGUUGACUGCUGAAGAUGGACGGGAGAUUUCCAAGGCGCUGAAGAGCUGCGUGGAGCUACGGAGCUGGAUGCAAGAAGCAUCUGAGCGUGCUGACGUACUGAGCGCCUCCUUCCUAGCCUAUGCAGCAGAGAGCUCUCCAGAUGCCUUGGAAUCCUGGGGCAUGCUACUGCGAAACUCUCUGGAGGAAGCGGGCAUUGCUACAUAUCUAAGUGAGGAUGAAAAUUUGGGAGCUUUGGCGCAGAAGGGAGCUGUGCAACUCGUGAAGCACGGGCUUCUGCGAGUAAGGCAGAAGGUGUCCGAAGUUGGCGAUCCUGUGUGGGCUUUCCUCCCCGAAGAUCAGGAAUGGCACCCUGCUGUAGUGGAUGACAUUCUACCCAGUGGACGCUUGAAGCUGAUCUUCAUCGAGUAUGGAAAGCCGCAGGAGGCGAAGCAAGAGGAAGUUCGGGCUCUGACAGAAGUGGCAGAUGAGGGCGAUGCCGGGGAGGGUGAGUGCGAGAUGUGCGAAAGGGACUUGAAGCUAACUUUCCACCACCUGAUCCCGAAGGACAAGCAUCCGACCUACCUUGGUAAGCGAUUGCCUAAUGGUGUUGAAGGUGAGCCAACCAGAUCCUUCUUGAACUCCUAUGGUCUCAUGAUUUGCCGGCAGUGCCACAACACGGUGCACAGCAUCGCAAGCAACGAAGUGCUAGCUAUAGAGUACAACAGCCUCCAAAAGUUGUUAACGCACCCUGUCAUCCAGCGCUGGAUUGAGUUUGCGAAGCGACGAAAAGCCAGCAGCGGAAAGUCUCGCUGA